AUGCCGCCCUCCGAUCCUCGCAUCGCUGCGCUCGACUUCGACGCCAAUCGAAAACGUGGACGGCGCUCGUCAGGCUCGCGUUCUCGAAUUGACGAUGAUGACUUUGAUUUCAUGGGCCAGGUUGCUCAAGAGAUCAUUGAGCGAGAUCGCAUAGCAAUGCGCAGAGAGGUCAUCCGAAUCUUGAGCUUUGUUUGCGCUGUGCUCAGUUGUCUAUGUGCUGGAUCAAUCACCUCCUUCUCCCUCUACGGCGCUCGUUUCCUCCAGGAUCUGCACUACUCGCAACUUCGAGUCAAUGCAGUCUCCAUCACCGCCGAGUUGGCCAUGUACCUCCCAGUCCCUCUCUUUGGAUAUCUGUGCGAUCGCUACUCACCACCACCUCUGUCGCUUCUGUCCUCUAUCCUCUUUGGCGCAGGUUAUCUCCUCGCCGCCUAUACCUACAAGUCAGGCCCUCCCCCUGACGCUACAAAACCCGGCCACGGGUGGCCUUUUGGGUUGAUGAUUAUAGCCUUUAUCGGCAUUGGGGCAGGGACCAGCUGCAUGUACCUCUCUGCCGUGGCCACCUGCGCCAAGAACUUCGCCAACGCAAAAUAUCGAGGUUUCAUGCUCGCCGUACCUAUCGCGGCAUUUGGGUUAAGUGGCAUGUGGGAAUCUCAGGUUGGCGCGCACUUGCUAUAUGAAAAGCUGCCUAAUGGUCAUAAGGGAGAGGUCGACGUGUUCAAGUAUUUUGUCUUUCUGGCCGGGACACUGGUUGGCGUCGGUCUUCUUGGGACAUUGGGACUGCAAAUCGUCGAUGAGGAAGAAAUGAUUGAUCACGGUGUGGAGAACCUUGAACGGAGUGGCCUUCUGGCCGAGAGUGAGUUCUAUCGCGACACCUCCCGUGCUCCCACGCCUGUCAACUAUGGCACAAUUGGAGAUGACGAGGAGUCUGCCGAGGGCUCUGGCUCCUUCUCCGACGACGACAUGGACUCCGAAGCUGAACGGAACCUCUCCGAAUCCCAGCUCCUCAAGAAGCACGAACAAGACCGCCGCCUUCGCAAGAAGAAGUACUGGCUACUCAAUCAUGCCACCCAUACAUUCCUCACCGAUCGUACUAUGUGGCUCCUCGCAGCGGGCUUCUUCUUGCUCACAGGACCCGGUGAAGCAUACAUCAACAAUCUCGGCACAAUCAUACCGACUCUGACGCCCAAAAAUUACAACUAUAUCGACGGCGACGGUAUCAAAAAUCCCCCCGCAGGCCACGCAAGCACGCAUGUCUCCAUCGUCGCCCUCGCAUCAACCUUUGCCCGCCUCUUCACCGGAACACUCUCCGACCUCUUCGCUCCUCCCUCAAACCCCGACUCCCCACCCAGCAACCGGUUUCAAUUUUCCCGCCUUGUCCUGCUUAUCCCUUCAGCGUUCCUUCUUCUCCUCGCGUUCCUCAACCUGGCUAUUCCCGGGCUCACGCUCCAGCAUCCCAGCUUAUUCCCAAUCUCGUCUUCCUUGGUGGGAUUGGGCUACGGGGCGUGUUUCAGUCUCGUCCCCAUCAUCAUAUCUGUGGUGUGGGGAGUGGAAAACUUUGCGACGAACUGGGGCGUCGUGGCCAUGAUGCCUGCUGGGGGAGCUGCCGUGUGGAGUCUUGUGUAUUCAGCCGGGUACUCAGCAGGUAGCUCUCAUUCUUCUCCUGAUGUCGAGGACGGGGAGUGUCGAGGAUACUUGUGCUUCGCGGCGUGGGCGUGGGGAUGUGCCGCGAGCGUGAGCUUGGCGAUCGUCUGCUGGUGUGUCGCCUGGAGGGUAUGGAAGAAUAGGAAUGUGGUCGUGUAG